GUUUAAUAUAGAACACACAUAAUAUGUAUAUAAAUACAUGUUUACCACUUGAAAACAAGGAACCAUACAUGUUAAAUGCAUUUAUUUGGAAUUUCUAUGUAUUUCAGUGAGUUCCCUUUGAAGGGUUAACAUGGAAAGAACCAGGAGGCGUGUCCGGUAUGAGGUUUUAAGAGCUUGAACUCUAGCAGUCACUUGCUAAGUUUCAGUUGUCUUUUUCAUCUGCCGGGAGCAGCUGCUUGUCAGUCAGGGAGGAGACGUGUAAACGCUGGUCGGACGUCGAUAUGAAAGGCUUCAAGUACUCCCCUUGGGACUUUGUCUUCACUUGUUUUAGUCUGCCGAUGUUCCUGCUGGACAUUGGGCUGGACGUAUGGGCCGCCGUGUCCUUCUACCAGGAAAAGGCGUACCUGUCCCUCGGUAUCCUGCUGUUCCUUCUCAUUGGCUCGUCUCUUCUUGUGCAGACGUACAGCUGGUUGUGGUACAGCUACGAGGAUUUUGAGUCAAGGACCCAGGCCGAGGGCUGCCUGAAGCGGUGGCAGUACAUAAUACUGCAUGUGUUCCAGCUGGGAAUCUAUAUCAGGCAUGCGGGCGUCUUGGAGUCUUCUGUAAAGAACAUGUGUGGAAGGAACAUGGAGGGUGCGGCCAUAUACCUGAGCCACGACCUGAGCAUGCUGAGGGUCAUAGAGACGUUUUCAGAGAGCGCUCCUCAGCUGGUCCUCAUGCUCACUAUCAUGCUGCAGGAUCGUCUGGAUCUUGUGACAGUGGUCAAAGCCAUCGGCUCGGUAUCGGCCAUCGCCUUCACUGUGACCACGUACCACCGCUCCCUUCGCUCCUUCCUGCCCGACAAGCAGAAGCAGCUUUUGACCUCCUCCGUCGUCUUCUUCUUCUGGAACCUGCUCCUCCUGAUGUCUCGCAUCGUCGCCCUCGCCCUCUUCGCCUCCGUCUUCCCCUGCUACAUCUUCACCCACUUCCUUUGCUCCUGGCUGGUGCUGUUCUUCCUGGCUUGGCGUUCCAAGACGGACUUCAUGGACAGCGCUUGCGGGGAGUGGCUUUACCGAGCCACCGUGGCCCUCAUCUGGUACUUUGACUGGUUCAAUGUGGUGGAGGGAAAGACGAGGGUCAGGACUAUUUUCUAUCACGGCUACGUUCUGAUUGACAUCUCCCUCCUCGUUGGCCUGUGGUGCUGGAGGAUGAUCACGGACUCUAUCACGGAACCCUACAUCGCCUUAAUCGUUGCUAUCGGCGUUCCUGCUGUUUACGUCGUCGGCCUCUUCUUUAAAAUGAUCUACUAUAAGUUCUACCAUCCAAACAUUUGCAAAGAGGAGCUGAAAGGGGACGAAGCUGCACUCACUGGCAAAGACAUUUCUUCUAGAGAGGAGCUUCAAGGGUACAUAAGGGCGGAUGAGAUUGAUUUUAAACCAGAGAUGCUUUCUAUUACUGAAGAGGAUGGUUCACCGGGCCGUGCUACGAGGUCCUUUCCGGAGCCGAUGUUGAGGAACGCCGCCGUGGGAGCCCCGCAGCCCUCCCAGCCGCCGGUACGCUGCAACAAGAGGAUGAAGAAGCUGGCUGAGAACUUCUACUCCUGACCUGCAUCAGGAGGAGGUUAGAGAGAAGCUCGGUCAGCGCAUCACAACGCGUCGUCGAGGUUUAAUAACACGUAUUCAUGUAAGCACUGUGUGCACACCGCGAGGACCAGCAUCGACGUCCCGUUGUGUCCUAAAGCUGCUGGAACUGUUUUUACCGAAGAGAUCCGUCCUCUUAAACCGAGAGACGAGAGGUUUGGGUUGUUUUCAGAGUCUCUGGUGCUACUUAUUUUGUUUCUUUCAGCCAGUGAAUGUAUAAAACACCGAAUGCCAGGAGACCUCUAUUUCUCUGGAUACACUGUAAAACGGGGACAGUUUGCACUCUUGGCAUUAAUAUUAUUAAUGUAUUUAUUCUUUGUUUAUGUUGCUGUGCUUCAUCAACGACACAUUUAAAUGAAUUAUAUUGUCGGACUCUGGAGGAUAUUUGCUUAAUUUAUUAGCUUUUCAUAUGAAAUGAAAGAUGGAUGUCCAUGUGUGCAGGUAUGUAAGUGACUUCUACUAUGAAUAUAAAUCUCCAAAGCUAAUGUGAAGUCAAAGAGGACAAAUGGAACUAUUAAAUGUGACACUGUCUGACAGAUGUUAGCUCAGUUUAUUAGCUUUCACUUGCAUCAGGUGCAAAUCUUAUUUAAUUAAUAUGCAGGAGGGAUUGAUUUUGAACGGUUUUAUUUUUGUAGCCUGAGUCCUCAUCUGCUGUUUAAGUUUUAAUUCCUUUGGAAAGCUUUUUGUUGCUUCAGAAAAGAAACACAAAAAAGGACGUUUGCACUGAAAGUAAUUAUUAAAACUAACUCACACAUGCUUUAUUUAUUCACUGGAAAAGGGGAUAAGUGUUAAUAUCAUUGUUGUACCUGUAGCACAUAAGUUUUUUUGUUUUUGUUUUUUAAACCAAGCUCUUAAAAGUUUAUUAUUGUAUACCAGAAAAUGUCAUGUACUUUUUAUUUUUUUUAAUUUUUAUUCUUUUUUUUUGUAUCAUAAGAAGUAAUAAACACAAACUUUUUAAAAUGUA